AUUAACUAUCGCAUCUGCAUAACCGUGUCACACUUCAAUAGCUUCGAAAUUGCCAAUAUUCUGUUGAUAACGUUCCACUCGUAACAUAGAUAGGCGAGUAAUAGCAUUAAUGAAGUGCAGUAUCGGCUUCGAGUAUUUCCGUACAUUGCUCUCUAGGAGAAUAUCGGAUUUUCGUAUUGCAAAAUAUUUUAGGAAUAAUCAAUUUUUUGCUGUUCGUCCAGUGUUCGUCCAAAUCUCGUAUUAAAUUACUGGUGUUAAAUUAUCUGUUUAAUAAAAUAUUUAAAAUUUUUAUCUCUGAAACUACAAGUUGAAUAAUUUUUUUACAAUAUUUUGCGUAACAAUUAUGUACACGCUAGCAUUAUUUAAUUUUGCGUAAACCGGUAGGCCAGGAUUCGAUCAGUAGGAACAGAACAGAGUGUGUAUGUAUAUCCAUGUAAUAGUCGCAAAUAUACAGUGUCUUCGCAUGACUAAUGUACGGGACUUGAAAAUAGUAAUGUUUGGUAAACAUUCUGAAGGCUACUGAAAAUAUUACUAAAUCGUAAAUCAACAAAUAAGUUUACACGAAGAUUUAAAUUUCCUAAACACCAACGCUUUAUUAAUAGCUAUUGCAUAAAAUACACGAUUUAAUCAAUUUAUAAUUCCCUAAAACUUUGUGAAACGAAAUGUUUCAACUUCUCAAUAUUUUAAGUGAAAUAAGAAAUUGCUUUUGAAAUACAGAAAUUGUUAUUGUAAUAAAAUUAACAACGCGUUUCCUUUGCUUAAUUAAAGAAUUAUGUUUCGUUUAAAUAUUUAGUUUUAUAAAGAACAAUGAACAAAUGGACGAGUUUUUGCGUAAUUGCAUUGUUAGCCGUUGGCAAUGAUGGAAGAGAACCAUUUAAAGCUCGCGAAGGAUCAUUACCGUUUCUUGUGUAUUUCACCUCCCGGUAUCGAGGUAUAUGUGUUGGCACGCUUCUGUCCCGCACUACAGUCAUCACUGCAGCUGUGUGUGUAACCAACCCUAACACACACAUACACGACUAUCGCCCUAUAAACGUGAUAACUGGCACGUCAUACAGACAUCCCAGAAGAGGGAUAAGAGUCCAAGUUACUAAAGUAUUGAUGCCGAAAUGUAUAAACGACUCGGCAACAAUUGGUUACACAGUUCAACAAUCACCAGCUGUGUUGGUUCUUAAGCGAAAGAUACCAGAUGUCCUGGUUGAGAUACCUUUGAGGCCCAUUAACAUUGACUACAAAGGAGAAGAAAUCCUCUCGCUACAUGAAGAAUGCAUAAUGGCCGGCUGGCAUUUUUUCUAUAAAGGGGACAAAAUAUAUCCAGUGAACAAAUUCCUCUUACAAAGAAACACGAGAGUGCAAUUUUUAGAAAUUGCUAGGAAAAAUGUUUGGUGCGAUACAUUGACGCUUAAGUUUCAAAAAGCUCUUCUUAACAUUGGCUACAGAGGGGUUUUUGAUAAAUCCUUUUCUGUUUGUAUCAGAGACACUGAUCAAAUAGCCCAGCCUUGUCACGGUAUGUAUGGUGCGCCUUUAAUCUGCCGAGGGAAACUUGUUGGACUACUCAUGGCUCCAGAUGCCCAGUGGUCAAACUGUACAGGGUACAGUAAUCUCAUACAUUUGUUUAACUCGGAUCAUACCAUAAGUUUCAUGGAAUGCGUCAGUAGGAUGUUUGAACCAGAGUUUGAUUUAUCAUGGGAUGGCCUUAAGACUUCAUUACAAUUAAGUGAAUAUGAAAAGGAAUAUGACUACAUACCAGCUAUGUACGACAGAGUAUUAGGUGACUCCAGUACUUCAAGUGAAGAAGUUAUCUAAACGUGUACGUGUCUAAAAUAAAUACUUAUAUAAUAACGCUUUUAAU